GUGAGUGGUCCGUUGGAGAGGGGGUACAUCGGUUUACGGCAGUGGGGGGCGGCUCCGCGCGACAGUUUUGCGGCAGAAGGAGUGGAGUCGGGAUGGCGUCGGGGAGCGGGGUGAGUCCCCGGGAGAAGUCAAAAAACAUGGACUUCCGCAAGAAGUGGGACAAAGAUGAAUAUGAGAAAUUGGCACAGAAACGGUUGCAAGAAGAAAGAGAGAAGCGAGAUGCAAAGCCUCCAGUACCAAUCAAGCGUGAACUUUUACGUCACAGAGAUUAUAAAGUGGAUUUGGAAUCCAAAUUAGGGAAAACCAUAGUCAUCACAAAGACGACACCCCAGUCUGAAAUGGGAGGAUAUUACUGCAAUGUUUGUGACUGUGUAGUGAAGGAUUCCAUCAACUUCUUGGAUCACAUCAAUGGCAAAAAACACCAACGGAAUUUGGGAAUGUCAAUGAAGGUGGAACGCUCAACUUUAGACCAAGUAAAGAAGCGUUUUGAGAUCAAUAAAAAGAAAAUUGAGGAAAAGCAAAAGGAAUAUGAUUUUGAGGAGCGCAUGAAAGAACUCCGAGAGGAGGAAGAGAAAGCGAAGGCAUACCGGAAAGAGAAACUGAAGGAGAAAAAGCGGAAAGCAGAGGAGGAGUUGACAUUUGAGGAUGACGAUGAAAUGGCAGCAGUGAUGGGAUUUUCUGGCUUUGGUUCGUCAAAGAAGAACAGCUGACCGAUCCCACCAGACUGAUACAAGACAUCCCUUUAUUGACUCUCAUCUCUUUCCCGCAUCCCCUUGUGGUCCUUUUUUAAUUCUACCUUCCUCCCUCCCUCCCCUACCCCGAUUGAGUGGAAGUGUGAACAGCGUGAAUGAAGAUGCAUUUAUUAAUAAAGGAUUCUUCGGUUAAAAGUUAUAACUACCCCUUUCUCCAACACCUUUUUACAGAAAAGUUUCAGCUGUAUUUAAGCUUCAGGUUGCAUGGCUUUUGGCUUCAACUAUUCCAUGUUUACGGAAUGGAAAAGGAGAAGCCAUGAAAUGUCUCCCAUUUCCUGAUCUUAUUCACCCAUGCAGUGAGAUCUUGCUUGAUCGGUAUCUUGGUUAACCAACAAGAAAUGAAUGCACUGAGUUUGAUGUGUGCUGAUGUGGUUGAUCAUCCAGCACAACGUUUAUGGAGGUACAGGUGGGCUCAACGCCAUUUAGGACAAGGAGGUGGAAAUCAGGCAGAGUUCCCACUGAUCAUUUUUUAGUGAUCUUGUAGAAAGUAUGAGUGAGUGCACAGCCAUUUCUCAUGAGCCUAAGCUCAAUGAGAAAUGGCCACUUGAUGGAGGGCUUCUGACCUGCGCAGCAAGCAAACCAGAAAUUCAAAUGAUUCUUCAUUUGUUUUUGUUAAAUUUGGCCCAUUUCAAACCAAGUGAGAUCCUUUAUUAUGCAUCUUACAAUUGACCAACUGAUGAUCUGAAUUUAGGCCCUCAUUUAAUUCAUUUAAUUGUGAAUGUAUUUGUCUGUUUCUAUGAGUGAGAGAUUCAAACAUUGAGCUACAAGAAUGAAGGUCUGAAGUUCUUUUUAACUGGAAGACAUUUUCUAAGCCUCUCAAAUUCAUUGCCAACUGCUGUUUUCUAUGAAAUUUGCAAUCUUUGUAAAAUUUGAAUAUUGAGAUAUUAUCAUCCGUAGCAGGUCUAACUGCUAAUAUUGUCAAGCUCCCCUUUGUGGUUUGAUGUAUGCGGCCCUGACUCUCAAACAGCAGAAUGCCUGCCCAUUAAGUUCGCCAAUCUCAGUCAAUUGAUUUCCACAACCCUGGAUUGAAUGUAGAUGAAAUAAAUCAAAAAGUGUAUUUCCUGAUUCUCAUUGUGAAGUUGCUGCUGUUGGACUGGGCUGGACAAGGUCAGAAGUCAGGAGGACACCAGGUUAUAGUCCAACAAGUUUAUUUAAAAUCACAAGCUUUUGGAGCGCAAUCCCUUUGUCAAAUCUGGAGCAGCCCUCUGAAAGCUUGUGAUUUCAAAUAAACCUGUUGGACUAUUAGGUGGUGUCCUGUGACUUCUGAGCUGAUUCUCAUUAGCAACAUGCAUUGAACAUGUCUGAAGUGGAAUUGAUGAUGCUUUCUUCCUGAUAAACCUCCAUUUUUGUUUCUGUUUAAAUGUACAGUAUGUUUCCAAUUCCCAUUUAAAAGUUAUGAAUGAAUCUGUUUCUGAUCUGUUUCGGCAGUGAAUUCCAGAUCAUCCUAACCUGGGUGUGUACAGAUAAUAAUGCUACUACUAAUUCUGCUGUGAUUCUUCUGUUGAUUGUUUUAGACUUAUUUGACCUAUCACCCAGUUUAGGAAUGUUUUUGAGAAUGACCUUUGAAUGAAAUGUUGAUUGGGGCAGUGGUCCUGUGUAGUGGGGCAGAGGUAACAUUUAUUAUGAUGUUCCUGGAUUAUGGAGGAAACCUGAAGCCUUCUGUUUUGGAGAGUAAUGAAUUGCCCUGAAAUUAAUCAUCCUGCCAGUCUAAUUUAUGCACCAACUUAAUCAGAAAGCAAAGCGGUGAAUGAUUUGUAUCUGAAUAGUUGUUUAAAUGCAGUGAGAAUUUCCUGUUUUGGAUUUCCUUUUUGUUGUGUGCUGUGCUCUGAAGUUUCUACUUGUGCUUUACUUUUUCUCUUUAAGUUGACACUUUCAAAUACAAGAGGUUAUUUUUAUUUCACAUUGUGUGUGUGAGCUCCAUUAAAAGAAAUGGGUGUCUCUGAA